AAGGGUCUGUACUUGACAGCUGAAGACGUUGAAGCUAACAUCAACAGUGACACUUUGACGGGUGCCAUCACGCGAGUCAUCGCCCUGGAAAACACGCUGAACGGUACAUUGAUGCCCAUUGAGGAAAUCAAACGUAUUCGGGCUGUUUGCGACAAACAUGGCGUGUAUUUACAUCUGGACGGUGCCCGUCUUUGGAACGCAAGCGCUGCUACUGGAAUCCCCAUGAACGAAUAUGGCAAGUUAUUUGAUUCCAUCUCUGUCUGCUUGUCCAAGGGCGCGGGUGCACCCAUUGGUUCAAUCGUGGCUUCCACCAAGGAUCGUAUCCGUCAUGCUCGCCAUGUGCGUAAGCUCAUGGGAGGUGGCUGGCGACAGGCAGGAUUCCUUGCCAAGAUCGCCCGUCACUGCGUUGAGACGGUGGUCCCCACCAUUCCCGAGACACACAAGCUCGCGACACGUCUGUCUGAGCAUUUGCAAUCGCUUGGUGUUCGCUUGGUGCUUCCUUGCCAUACCAACAUGCUGUUCAUUGAUGUGGCACCUACGGGACUGACCGUUGAAGAUUUUGCUGUCGAACUGAGAAAGAAGAACAUCAAGAUUACUGCAACCCCCGGUAGCACCAUUUCGCGUGUGGUGUUACACUAUCAGGUUACACCUGAGGUUGUCGAGCAGUUCAUGGAUACUGCAACCCGCGUUGUGCAGGCGCACGGCAAGCCUGUUGCAUCUGCUGUCGCCAUGGAAACAGAUGCUAAGGAUAAUGGCAAUAGUGCAAUCGAGUCCUUGAGCUCUGCUUAUCCUUCGGGCAAGAACUAA